UUUGAGAUCGGGCGUAAAACUUAUUUUUGUUCUUAACGUUUUUUUUGUUCAUGUGUUUUCUUUUUGUGUUUAUUGUUGAACCACCUCAGCAAACAGACCACAGACACAUACUUGUCUUCUCGUCGUCCUCCGAUAAUCCAAAACGCUCCUCCAAUUCUCAACCAAUGGCUUCUCCUGUGAUGGCGGAGGGCGUCGCCGUCACGGCGCUGCGGUCGGUGAUACUCCGAGUUCAGCAGGCGGCGGAGAGAGCUGGCUCCAAACCCGAUCGGGUCCGGGUCGUUGCGGUAUCCAAAACCAAACCCAUUUCUAUGAUUCGCCAACUCUACGACGCAGGUCACCGAUGCUUCGGCGAAAAUUACGUCCAAGAAAUUGUCGAUAAAGCCCCUCAGCUUCCACAAGACAUUGAUUGGCAUUUCAUUGGACAUUUGCAAAGCAACAAAGUUAAAACACUUCUGGGUGGGGUUCCAAAUCUGGCCAUGGUUGAGGGCGUGGACAAUCCAAAGGUGGCAAAUCAUCUCGACCGUAUGGUUUCAACCCUUGGAAGAAAUCCUCUGAAGGUCUUGGUGCAAGUAAAUACCAGCGGAGAAGAAUCCAAAUCUGGUGUUGAUCCUUCCAAUUGCGUUGAGCUUGCGAAACAUGUUAAAGAUAGCUGCCCAAACCUAGUGUUCUCUGGCUUAAUGACAAUAGGAAUGCUAGACUAUACCUCAACUCCACAGAACUUUCAGGCCCUAUCAAAUUGCAGAACUGAAGUUUGCAAGGCACUUGAAAUGGAUGAGGAGCAAUGCGAACUUUCAAUGGGCAUGUCUGGUGAUUUUGAGUUAGCGAUUGAAAUGGGUAGUACUAAUGUGAGAGUUGGAUCCACAAUAUUUGGACCAAGGGAGUAUGCGAAGAAAAAAGAAUAGCAGAAUUUGUUAUCUCUCUCACUCUACAACAGUCAAGUAUACCUACAUUCAGGCACAUAUCAUCUAAAUUGUAUUACUUUUGUAAUUGAUGUAAUGAAAUUGGUAAUAACUUUAUAGUUGGUCUCCAUACUAAGAAGUAAGAACAAACCAUGUACAAAAUCUUACAGGGUGCAAUUUGUUCACCAGAGAAAUCAAAUAAUGAUCCAGUCUUAAAGCAA